CCCGGUUCUCUCUUUCUCGAUCGAUACUCAUGCCCCCAAUAGUUCCGGUGAUUGAGCAAAAUUUCACAGGGAUAUGAAUAUCAGUGCUGUUGCGGAUAUGAGUUCAGGCAUGCCGACGCAGUCGUCGGAUCCACCAUUGAAGAAAUCCAAGAUUGAAACCCACACUGCCAAAGCAUACUUGCUUUACACUUGUCGUCAUUCUUAUGGAUAUAAGUUGUAUGCCCUAGAUCCUCGUGCUCUUGGUAAUUGGAAUGGUAAUCCUGAGGAGAAGAUAGAAACUUUACAACCUGUUCUCGAUUUGCCUGGCCUCAAGUAUCCGAUGAGAAUGGAUGCUUUUGCGGUGGGAUCUACGUUGUAUAUGAUUGGGGGGAAAAUUCCACUUGAAAACAAGGAUAUGGAUAAGCCAUUUUUGCGUUCUCGCCUGUCUCCAAGUGUUUAUAUGUGCGAUACCACCGCCUUACCCUUAAAAGUGGUGGAGGGACCUCACAUGAAAGGGGGGAAAGCUGUGCCAUUUGUGAUUCCUGUUGAUAACCUGAUUUAUGUCAUUUCUGACGUGCCUCCAAGAUGGACAACCUUUUAUGCUGACGGGGAUGAAACUGUAUUAUUUGAGGUUUUCGACCCAAAUGAGGGAAGCUGGUCCUCCUUGCCACGCCCUCCAUUCUAUCCCCGCCCUGAUCACUGUGACCUGGAGCCAG